AUGGGUUCCGUGGCCAGUUUAAUAUUUCUGCCCGACUCGGAUUGCCUGGUCGUCAAAGACAAGAUUAAACCUACGGACGCUAACUGGAUCACAACCCAUGCGAUAGCAACAGAACUGAGUAUUGCAGAAACGGAGAGAUUAUGGUUCCGGUUCCGUCAGCUUGGCUGUAAUAAGGAUGGAGUGAUCACAGACUCAAUUGUACAAGGUAUCAAGCAUGAUGCCUUCGUCAAGGGGAUUUUAAAGAUGUUCCUGUCCAGUAAAAAGAAGUUGACAUUUGAAAAUUUCCUUAGAGGGAUGAAGUGGUGCGAGGCCGGAGACACGGACACAAAGCUGCGAGCUAUAUUCAACCUGCUAGGAAGUGCAAAGAAUGUGACGCGGGCAAAUUUUAUAAAGGUUUUGGAAUUGGUGUACAACAACCCAGAAGAUAAAAAGGCAAUACCUGGAAUUGCAGACGUCGUGUUUCAACAAAUGGACUCCGACAAAAAUGGUAACUUCAGCGAGAAGGAGUUUAUUGAUGGAAUCAAAAGAGCCAUUCCGGAAGAACUACUUCAGCAAGUUCUUGAGUUCGAAGUGUUGCCUAAUUAUAUGAGGGAACGCCUGUAUGAAGAUUUGCCUGAGUUCCAGAUGGACGUAACGUUGCCAAGCGGAGAAACUAGUGCUGCACCAUCUCCCUCCCCGAGUACGUUUAUCGGUCGACCGUCGACGGCACGAGCUACGCCAUCCGACCGAACUAUCCGACACCUAACAGACAAAAUAUACACCAAGGAUCUAGAACGCCUUAGCAACAAACUUGGUCUUACCAAGGAGGACCACGACGAGUUGAAAAAUAAGUCUCGAGAUAACAAGCACCUGGCAACACUGAUCCUGGUAAAGUAUAGAGAAAAGAGUGGAGGCCAGACUAAUAGCCGAGAGCUGGAAAGGGCGCUUCGAGAUGCUGGCAUGAUUGAAGCUUCUCAAUUAUUGGCACCAUAG